AUGGUGGAUAUCUCGGGAGUGCCACCCAAGGCCCCCGGCGGCGGUCGGAGGGGUGGCCAGCGCGGUCCCGCCUGGAGACGCCCACGCCGAGUUAACUCCGUGGACUCUCCCCCGAUUCCCGCAGCAAUAGGGGGGCUGACAGUGGACCGGCCUGUGCUGUCAUCUCCCGGGGGAAACCGAGGCCUGGACUCCUCGUCUGUGCAGUGUGAGGGGCCCUGGUUCCCCGCGUUGGUGGUGUUGCUGGGCCCGCAGGACACGCUCCCCGGCAACCUGAAUGCUGACGACGACCCGCAGCUCUCCUGGGUGGCCUCGUCUCCCUCCAGCAAGGAUGUGGCGUCCCCCACGCAGAUGAUCGGGGAUGGCUGCGACCUGGGCCUGGGCGAGGAGGAAGGGGGCACGGGCCUGCCGUACCCGUGCCAGUUCUGCGACAAGUCCUUCAUCCGCCUGAGCUACCUGAAGCGGCACGAGCAGAUCCACAGCGACAAGCUGCCGUUCAAGUGCACCUACUGCAGCCGCCUCUUCAAGCACAAGCGCAGCCGCGACCGCCACAUCAAACUGCACACGGGCGACAAGAAGUACCACUGCCACGAGUGCGAGGCGGCCUUUUCCCGCAGCGACCACCUCAAGAUCCACCUGAAGACGCACAGCUCCAGCAAGCCCUUCAAGUGCUCGGUGUGCAAGCGCGGCUUCUCGUCCACCAGCUCGCUGCAGAGCCACAUGCAGGCGCACAAGAAGAACAAGGAGCAUCUGGCCAAGUGCGAGAAGGAGGCCCGCAAGGACGACUUCAUGUGCGACUACUGCGAGGACACCUUCAGCCAGACGGAGGCGCUGGAGAAGCACGUGCUCACGCGGCACCCGCAGCUCUCGGAGAAGGCCGACCUGCAGUGCAUCCACUGCCCCGAGGCCUUCGGCGACGAGGGCGCGCUGCUCGCCCACAUCCACCAGGCCCACGCCCACCAGAAGCACAAGUGCCCCAUGUGCCCCGAGCAGUUCUCCUCCGUGGAGGGCGUCUACUGCCACCUGGACAGCCACCGGCACGUGGCCUCCAUGAGCAGCGCCACGCCCGACUCCAGCGCCUCCGUGGAGCGCGGCUCCACCCCGGACUCCACCCUGAAGCCGCUGCGGGGCUCCAAGAAGAUGCGGGAGGACGGGCAGGGCUGGUCCAAGGUGGCGUACAGCUGCCCCUACUGCUCCAAGCGGGACUUCCCCAGCCUGGCCGUGCUGGAGAUCCACCUGAAGACCAUGCACGCCGACAAGCCGCAGCAGAGCCACACGUGCCAGAUCUGCCUGGACGCCGUGCCCACGCUGUACACGCUCAACGAGCACGUGCUCAAGCUGCACAAGAACCACGCCUCCCCCGCGCUGCCCUUCGGCGGCCUGUCCGCCUUCCACUGCAACUACUGCCCCGAGAUGUUCGCCGACAUCAACAGCCUGCAGGAGCACAUCCGCGUGUCCCACUGCGGCCCCAGCGCCAACCCGGCGGACGGCAGCAACGCCUUCUUCUGCAACCAGUGCUCCAUGGGCUUCCUGACCGAGUCCUCGCUCACCGAGCACAUCCAGCAGGCCCACUGCGGCGUGGGCGGCGCCAAGCUCGAGUCCCCCGUGGCGCGGCCCGCGCAGUCCUUCAUGGAGGUCUACUCCUGCCCCUACUGCACCAACUCGCCCAUCUUCGGCUCCAUCCUGAAGCUCACCAAGCACAUCAAGGAGAACCACAAGAACAUCCCGCUGGCCCACGGCAAGAAGUCCAAGGCCGAGCAGAGCCCCGUCUCCUCCGACGUGGAGGUGUCGUCCCCGAAGCGGCAGCGGCUGGCGCUGAGCGCCGACGCCAUCUCCAACGGCGAGUACCCCUGCAACCAGUGCGACCUCAAGUUCUCCAGCUUCGAGAGCUUCCAGACGCACCUGAAGCUGCACCUGGAGCUGCUGCUGCGGAAGCAGGCCUGCCCCCAGUGCAAGGAGGACUUCGACUCCCAGGAGUCCCUGCUGCAGCACCUGACGGUGCACUACAUGACCACGUCCACCCACUACGUGUGCGAGAGCUGCGACAAGCAGUUCUCCUCGGUGGACGACCUGCAGAAGCACCUGCUGGACAUGCACACCUUCGUGCUCUACCACUGCACCCUGUGCCAGGAGGUCUUCGACUCCAAGGUGUCCAUCCAGGUGCACCUGGCGGUGAAGCACAGCAACGAGAAGAAGAUGUACCGCUGCACGGCCUGCAACUGGGACUUCCGCAAGGAGGCCGACCUGCAGGCGCACGUCAAGCACAGCCACCUGGGCAACCCGGCCAAGGCGCACAAGUGCAUCUUCUGCGGGGAGACCUUCAGCACCGAGGUGGAGCUGCAGUGCCACAUCACCACGCACAGCAAGAAGUACAACUGCCGCUUCUGCAGCAAGGCCUUCCACGCCAUCAUCCUGCUGGAGAAGCACCUGCGCGAGAAGCACUGCGUCUUCGAGGCCAAGACGCCCAACGGCGGGGCCAACGGCGCGUCCGAGCAGGUGCAGAAGGAGGAGGUGGAGCUGCAGACGCUGCUGACCAACAGCCAGGAGUCCCACAACAGCCACGACGGCAGCGAGGAGGACGUGGACGCCUCGGAGCCCAUGUACGGCUGCGACAUCUGCGGCGCGGCCUACACCAUGGAGGUGCUGCUGCAGAACCACCGGCUGCGGGACCACAACAUCCGGCCGGGCGAGGACGACGGCUCGCGCAAGAAGGCCGAGUUCAUCAAGGGCAGCCACAAGUGCAACGUGUGCUCGCGGACUUUCUUCUCGGAGAACGGGCUCCGGGAGCACCUGCAGACGCACCGGGGCCCCGCCAAGCACUACAUGUGCCCCAUCUGCGGCGAGCGCUUCCCCUCGCUGCUCACGCUCACCGAGCACAAGGUGACCCACAGCAAGAGCCUCGACACGGGCACCUGCCGCAUCUGCAAGCUGCCGCUGCAGAGCGAGGAGGAGUUCAUCGAGCACUGCCAGAUGCACCCCGACCUGCGCAACUCGCUCACGGGCUUCCGCUGCGUGGUCUGCAUGCAGACGGUCACCUCCACGCUCGAGCUCAAGAUCCACGGCACCUUCCACAUGCAGAAGCUGGCGGGCAGCUCGGCCGCGUCCUCCCCCAACGGCCAGGGCCUGCAGAAGCUCUACAAGUGCGCGCUGUGCCUCAAGGAGUUCCGCAGCAAGCAGGACCUGGUGAAGCUCGACGUCAACGGGCUGCCCUACGGCCUCUGCGCCGGCUGCAUGGUGCACCCGGCCCCAUCCCUGUCUCUGGCACUGCCCGCCACGCGCUGGGGCUGCUGGAGCCGCCUCCUUCCCUGUCUCAGCCUUGGACCCCACAUCCAGUACCGCUUCCUAAAGCCCCCACUGUGUAGGUAUCGGUUCUUAUAUUGUUUCCAUGGCAACAACCUGGGAGCCUUGCUGUGA